GCGCCCGUGCGUGUGCGACCGAUUCGCGCGGUGGCCAUGCACUUGCCUUGCGCUCUUAAGCUCGGUCGCCCGAUGCCUCUUUCCUGCCCUCCUUUCCAUUUUGCCUUCUGCUCGCUGCUCGCUCGCACCUUACCCCGGCGAGGAAGUGCACGGGGCCUAAUGUCAUCUGGGCCAUUACCAUUGCAAGGGCGAAUAAGCGGAUAGGCUCGCUUGCAACGCUAGAGAUGGACAUUAUUGCCCAUUACGAGCCCUUACUCAAGCAGUAUGAAAAGGAUGACGGACUUGUUAUAUUGGAAGCCGAGGAAGAACCUGGUACCAAAGUCGGCGAAAAUUACAUGUCCGUUGUUAUUAGAACAAGAAUAACAGGAAAACGAGGAAAUGGCAGCCCAUACAGGAAGGCAUUCAUGCGGAAGAUGCUGCCGCAGAAUUCGCUAUUCGCCAAGAUUUGUAAUAGCAACGAAUUGUUCCGCAACGAGGCUUAUUUUUACGAGAAAAUAAUACCUCAUCUCGGACCCUUCGGCCCGGACUGCCUAUUGGCACAGCCUGAGGAGAUAAUAAUGGAGGAUCUUGGCGCGAGGGAUUUUAAAAUCUACCCCCGUCGUAAAAUGCUCGAUCUUGAGCAUUGUUUAGCAGUUGUUCAGACUUUGGCGUCGAUGCACGCCUCCUCAUUAAAUUUGAAGCUUAAGUCGCCGGAGAAAUUUCACGAGCUAGUGGCGCCCUUAUACGAGAUCAUAGCCCGUAAGGACGACAAUUAUUCCCUCGGUAUCCUUUACGAGGGUGGCUUGAAAUUUGCACUGCUGAGCAUGGAGUCGAUCGAGGAGAGGACCCCCGAGGUGGAGCGUGCCACCAACUUCCUCAGGGGAUACUGCGACAAAGUGAUGGACGUGAUGACGGAGCUCUUGACACCAUCGACCGACAAUGGACGUUACUGGGUUAUCACUCACGGGGACACCUGGAAUAACAAUAUUUUGUUCCUCCACGAUGCACAAGGGAAAGUGGCUCAAGUGAAGCUCGUUGACUUUCAGGUGACGAGGCACGCAUCGGCAACGUUUGACUUCAUCUACUUCGUUUACGCAUCCGCACGCUUGGAAGUCCUGCAGAACAACAUCGACGAGCUCAUCGACACAUACGAGCAGUUCUUCAUCCGUGACCUUCGUAAGUUGGACGCCCCCAAUCACGACCUCGAGGUGUUGGCGCGACCGGGAUGGUUCAAGGACGAAAUACGCCACUACGGCCUCUUCGGUUUCUUUGGUGCUCUCAUAGUGAUACACGCGAUGUUCGCCGAGGAGGAUAAAACUAUGGACUUAGUGGACCCUUGA